AUGCCCAUGGAAACUCAGAGUAUCCCAAACGCGUUAGCCAAGAACAAGAGUUCAUGUAAUCUCACUAAACUCUUGAUAUACAUUUCCUUGCUGGUUAUAGUCAUCAUUCUUUUCCAUGUACAGCUUUCUCCUUCCUUCUCUUCAUAUCCUCCCACCUCUGCCUCACGGGCCUUUUUCAAAAUAUGGAAACUAAAGGCAGUAGAUGCCAUCAAUGGCCAAGAUCAGUCCGAUAACAAUAGCACUUUAAUCUCGAAGCUCCGAGACGCAGUUACUUUCCUCCCCCUUAAAGAUUUACGAUAUGUUGAAACAGCCAUGAUCGGACACACUUGGUUUCUGAGCUCCUUGAAUGACACCCAUGAAGAUAAUGAAGCUGAGUACCUUUAUUUCCCUUCAGAAGCAUCAAAAGAAAGACUUCUAUGCAUUAAAGGACGCGACAAAAAAGACGGUACCAAAAACUCAUAUGCCUUGGCUUGGCCUGAAAGUCUCCCAGAAUCGGCAACUCUCUUGAAAGGCCUUACCUUUGUGUCAGACACUUACUAUGACUACGGAAAUUUGUGGCACGGAUUAUGCGCUAUGACUCCUUUUGUUAGCUGGUCUACGAAGAAUGGUUGCCUUAAGCCAACAAGAUGGGUACUGUUCCAUUGGGGAGAGCUCAGAGAUAGAAUAGGAUCAUAG